CUACGACGUUUAACAACCCCGAACUUCAACGCACGCACUGUCAUCAUGGUUGCCUUUAGCGCUGGUGCGCUCCUUCUGACGCUGCGCGUCUUCCUCUCCGCAUCCACAACCACUGCAGCGCCGGUUGCGCAAGCACCAAGCGCACCGCAGACUGGUGCCUCUGGAUACUGGCUUGAAAGUAUCAAGCGCCAGGGUCAGGCACCUUUCAACCCCAACAAGGCGAACUACCAAGUAUUCCGUAAUGUCAAGGAGCUCGGUGCCAAAGGCGACGGCGUCACCGAUGAUACAGACAUCAUCAACAAAAUGAUUGCUGACGGUGGCCGUUGUGGUCAAGGCUGCGACUCAACCACCACGACACCAGCUCUCAUCUACUUCCCCGCCGGUACCUACAUCAUCAGCAAGCCCAUUAUUCAAUACUACUACACCCAGUUCGUCGGUGACGCAACAAAUCUGCCUGUUCUCAAGGCCUCCCCGGCUUUCGAAGGCAUGGGCUUGAUCGAUGCCGACCCAUACAUUCCUGGUGGAAAUGGUGCCAACUGGUACACCAACCAGAACAACUUCUACCGUCAGGUUCGCAACUUUGUCAUCGAUAUCUCGGCCACCAAAGCCGCAGCUGGCAUUCACUGGCAAGUCUCCCAGGCCACUAGCCUCCAGAACAUCGUGUUCGAGAUGGCCAAGGGCGCGGCUGGUGCUGAGCAGAAGGGUAUUUUCCAGGACAACGGCUCCGGUGGUUUCAUGUCCGAUCUUGUCUUCAACGGCGGUGCUAUCGGUGCCUUCCUUGGCUCCCAACAGUUCACCAUCCGCAACAUGACCUUCAACGACUGCGGCACCGCCAUCUUCCAGAACUGGAACUGGGUCUUCACUUACAAGAGCAUCUUCAUCAACAACUGCAAGGUCGGCCUUGACAUGGCUAACAGCCCUACCAAUCAAACCGUCGGCUCGGUUCUCUUGCUCGAUAGCAAGCUGGUCAACACUCCCAUCGGCAUUAACUCUUCGUUCACCGAGAACAGCAUUCCCACUACUGGUGGAACGCUUAUCCUUGACAAUGUCGACUUCACUGGGUCCCAAGUGGCUGUUCAGGGCGCAUCCGGCAAUGUCAUCCUUGCUGGCGGCAAGAAGGUUGAUACUUGGGCCCAGGGUAAUGCUCUCGCUGCUGGUGGACAGCAAGGUCGUGUUCAGGGCGACGUCAAUGGUGCACCCACCAAGCCACAGACUCUCCUAGGCGACAACGGUUGGUUCGAGCGCAGCAAGCCGCAGUACGAGCGUGUUCCCGUUUCGCAAUUCGUCAGCCUUAAGUCCAAGGGCGCCAAGGGUGACGGCGCGACUGAUGAUACGGCUGCUAUCCAAGCUGCUAUCGACGGUCUUCAAAAUGGUCAGGUUCUCCACGUCGACCAUGGUGCCUACUUGAUUACCCGCACUAUUGUGAUUCCUGCCGAGAAGAAUGUCAAGAUGGUUGGCGAGAUCUACAGCAUGUUUUUCAUCACCGGCGAGUUCUUUGGCGACAUGAACAACCCCAAGCCUGGAUUCCAGAUCGGCCAGAAGAGCGGCGACAAGGGAUCCUUCGAGGCGUCCGAUCUCAUCAUCAGCACUCAGGGCCCUGCUCCAGGUGGCAUCUUGAUGGAGUGGAACAUCAACGCUGAGAACGGCCAGGCCGGUCUCUGGGACGUCCAUUUCCGUGUCGGCGGUUUCGAGGGCACCAAGCUUCAGUCGUCCAACUGCAAGAAGAACCCUGAUGCCCAACACGCGCCCAACCCAGAGUGCAUUGGCUCCUUCAUGCAGUUGCACAUCACCAAGAACUCCAACGGCUACUUCGAGAACGUGUGGCUGUGGACUGCCGAUCACGAGCUUGACCAGGCUGAUCACGCUCAGAUCGACAUCUACAAUGGCCGCGGUAUGCUCGUCGAGUCUCAAGGUCCUGUCUGGCUCUACGGCACUGCCUCUGAACACUCUCAAAUGUCUCAGUACCAAUUCCAGGGUGCCAAGGACAUCUGGUAUGGUGCCAUCCAAACCGAGACACCCUACUACCAGCCCAACCCACUACCCAAUGUUCCCUUCACAAAGAAUGCCAAGUUCUUUGAUCCCGAUAUGAGCAACCUCAAGGCUGCUUGGGCCGUUCGCGUCGUUGACAGCGAGAGCAUUUGGAACUACGGCUCUGGCACCUACUCAUUCUUCGACAACUACGCUCAAACAUGUGUCCCUGGGCAGAACUGCCAGGAGCACAUGAACGAGAUCGAGAACUCUUCGAAUGUCAAUUGGUUCGGUCUAUCGACUAAGGCGUCGGUCAACAUGAUCACGUCGGGUGGCAAGGGCCUCGUUAAGGAUGAGGACAACCGAUCGAACUUCUGUGCUACGCUAGCCAUCUUCGCCCAGGCAUAGAUGCUUUCGACCUCUUGGACACGCACAUCCUCAUCAUUGGGUUCCUCGAUGGACCCUACAUAUCAUAGACUUGUUCAAUUCUUUCCCUCCUAUUCGCUUUUAAAGUAGGACUGGGCUUCUUUAUAGCAUGUAUACCUUUUUCCCCUUUUAACUUAUCUUCCUGUCCAUAUGCGGCGGAAGCACACUCGCUUAGAAAUGAAAACGAUUCCACUAGGUUGAGCAUACUAUACCCCCCGGGCAGGAGUUUUGGUCUUGUUACGAUACGCUUUGAGCGAUCGCUGGUUAGCGCAGAUAGCACGAGAGACGAAUUCAAUACGAGUUCAAAAACUGUUUCUU